AUGAAAUUAAUUUUCGUAAUUUUCCUGCUGUGGCAGUUGGCCGCAAAGGGUUAUGGAGCGGGUUAUGACUACCCCAAACCCAGCUAUGGCUUUGAAGAGGUCUAUCAGAAGCCCACCAGGGACCUAGAGGAAAAUAACACAGAUUCUGGAGGUCUGCCACCAGGGGUACAGGGUGAUUUCAUAGAUGACAUCAUUACCGAACAAAAACAACAAAUUUUGCUCUCAAUUCUCGGAGGGUCCAAUUCGGCCUCCGGAGUCUCAUCACAAUUUGUGCAUAGCCAGGAGGGGAAGGCUUUUCAGGGCAAUAAAUGUGCCAGUUGUACCUGUGGUGUUCCGAACAUCAAUCGCAUUGUUGGUGGUUCGCAAGUGAAAACGAAUAAAUACCCCUGGAUUGCCCAGGUGUUGAGGGGCUCAUUUCAAUUUUGUGGUGCCACCCUGAUCAAUGAUCGUUAUGCCCUGACGGCGGCCCAUUGUGUCCAUGGCAUGGAUCCCAAGGGUUUGACCGUGCGUCUACUCCAACUGGAUCGCAAUGCUGCCUCGGAGGGUAUUCUCCGCAAAGUGGUAGCCGUCAAUAUGCAUCGUCGUUAUAGUCCAGCCACUUCGCAACAUGAUAUUGCCCUGCUGAAAUUCGAUCAACCGGUGCCACUCAAAGAUCCCAUUAGGCCCGUCUGCCUACCUCUUACCAGUAAUCAUAAUUUUGAUUUUAAACCUGCCAUUGUGGCCGGUUGGGGUUUGACUUCGGACGGAGGUUCGUCGUCGAAUUUUUUGCGUGAAGUCACCGUGCCAGUGCUCACCAAUGCCCAGUGUAGGGCAACUUCGUAUAAGUCAAUGAUUUUGGAGACAAUGUUGUGUGCCGGCUAUUUGGAGGGUGGCAAGGAUGCCUGUCAGGGUGACAGUGGCGGUCCCUUGAUUGUCCGCGAAGGCAUAUUCCGCUUGGCCGGUGUCGUUUCCUUUGGCUAUGGCUGUGCCAGCCCCGAUGCUCCCGGUGUCUAUACGCGAGUUAGCAAAUAUUUAGAUUGGAUCGCGGCCAAUACCAGAGAUGCUUGCUAUUGUGCGAAGUAG